AUGAGGGUUGCAAGUCAUGCGCGGAGGCGCAAGGCUUGGGAUCUUUGCGUGUCGAGAAAGAUCAAAUGUGACUUGGCCAAGCCAACCUGUUCAGACUGCAAGUUGUACGGCGUGGAUUACAGCAUCACUGAAUUCGCAAGCCCGGUUACUACAAGUAGAAGAAGAGCGCCUGCUAGUGAGACAAGCCGAGCCAGCUCUUCUUCGACCCCUUCAAGGGACGACACAAUCGAGUCACGCUUGGCUCACAUCGAAGCAAGACUGAACCAAAUAGCUGCCGAGAAACCCGCCGAAGGCUCACCUCACGAUGUAACCGCCUUGAACUUCCAGAACUUCCCAGAGAUCCGGGUAUACAAAGCCUCAGACAUGUGGAACGAAGCCACGACAUUGCCUUGCCUUGGCAUUUCACCACAGUUCCCAACGGGAUCCGUUCUGGCUCAAACAGGAAAGCGUGAGCUGCCACCUCUUCAAGAAGUCACGGCCGUACUGGAGAGACACUUCGAAAGCUAUGGCCGCUACAUGCCGCUUUUUGAUAAAGGAUGUUUUAUGAAGAUGACGGUUGACUGGUACUCAGAAACUGGAACAAAGGAGUUGAUUCCUUGGGCUGCUAUCAACCUCGUCCUCGCUAUGACUUAUCGUAUCGUAGAUGAUGUACCGAUCGAGGAGCCAAAACUGGCUCAGUGUAUGAGAACCGUUCAGUCUGUCACGACCGAGUUGAUGGCCUGGAGUGGUGAUAUUCUCGGUUUACAGAUUCGGCUUGGCAUGUUCAUACUGUUUCAGGGAACAACGAAUCCACAACUGGCAAUAGUACUCAUCGGAAGUGCCAUUCGUCCAGCGCAAAGCAUGGGACUGCCUUCCACGAGAACCUCCCACGAUCCGGAUGAAUCGGCACAACGACACAGAGUUUUCUGGAUAGCCUACAUUCUGGACAAGGAUCUUGCCCUUCGCGCCAAAUCACCAUACACCCAAUUCGAUGCCGAAACCGAUCUCGAACUUCCGGAACCGAUCCAUGGCACCUUUGCUUUUGACGAGACGUGGAUCGAUAGGGCACGGUGUUACCUCUCACCCGCUGCGAUUCCGACUGGGGAUGAUGGCAUCGAUGGUAGGAUCAACCAGAAAGAGAUCAGUUCAUUGCCUAGUGCAUGGACUGAUUGCGUUGAGCUUUCAAGGCUUGGCCUAGAACUGUCGGCAUUUGGGAGAGAGACAGAGUAUUCAACCUGGCUUCAUGCUUGCUGCAACCUUUCGGGACUGAUCGUUUUGCUGGUCAACAUCAUCGAGUUCCCCGACCAGCCGUCCGUCGUGUCGGAUUGGAGCUUGAUCGUGAGAAGUGGUAACAAAUAUGAUCCGAUGAAUGCCAAGGCAUCGAAAGAGCCAUUUUUUCUGCUCCAGGUAGCUCAUGAACUGGAUCGUAAAGCUUCUGGACAGGUCAAGCGGCUCGCCCAUAUCUCGUCACUCAAUCAUCAGGAAGCCGCAUUCUCUGAGCCUUGGGCGAACCCGGACCUGAUGUUCCUAUAG